AUGUCAGGAUUCGAAGUGGCUGGUGUUGUUCUCGGGGCUUUCCCUAUCGCGAUCGCAGCAAUUGACAGCUACCGAAGAGUAGCUCGCAAGGUAGAGGCAUGGAAAGAAAUACGGGUGGCAUACACCAGAUGUUGCGAGGAUCUAAAGAACGAGCAACUCAUGUUCAAACGCCAUCUGCGCAUGCUGGUACUUCCCCUGGUGGUUGAUGACGGCUCGGCCAAGGCACUUUUGGCAGACCCGUCUGGGAAACGGUGGAAAGAUGCCGACGUGUCAGACUUGCUCGAGAGGAAGCUAGGGGAGUCUCACGAGCUUUAUCUAAGCUAUGUCCAGCGUAUGGAGGAGACACUUACCGGGCUAAGAAUAGAAAUGGCUCUUGACUCUGAUUUGUUACCGGGGAAAACGGAUGCCCAGCCCGGGCUACCUCAAUCGCGACUAAAAGGCGCAUUGAACAAAGACAACGCCAAAUUCCAAGCUUACAAAGCGAAGUUUUUACAAAACGAAAGGAGUCGCAAAGUUAUGUUUGCGGACCUCAAAGACUGCAAUGAGAAACUGUGGAAGCUCCUUGAUUCGAGCGAAAAAGAUGCCCAGCUCAUCAGAAAUCUGGACGCAGCAUUGGCAAAGUCUUCCACAGAUAACUCCCUGUGUAAAUUCUGGCAGACGGCCACGACCCUGUUUCGAGGAUUGGCAGCCGUCUGCCGCUGCCAGUGUCUGAAAAAUCAUGCUGCUAGACUCUUCCUACAACACCGGGCAAGCUGCAAAGAUACGACAAGUUUUGAGAUUGUCUUCACGAGACAACCGGGAGAAGCGCAGUCGAGUCAUGUCAUAAGCUGGCAGGCUUGCCAUACUCGCAUCGAAGAGGGUGACGAAAAUCAUCUCGUUAAGGAGAGUUUGCUGCUGAUUGAAAAGAGCAGAACAUCACAGCCAAGUUAUUGUCAGCCAACACAAGCCACGAAAGGCAAAUUAGCUAUCAGGGCAAAGGAGCCUGUGUCCAAUCCAACUCGGGCAAAAGUUCGAUUUUUGGACAGGACCACUCCCACCGUGACUUUGAAAGUUUUGGCUCAAGGCCAUUCCAAUGCACAGACCCGUGAGAUAAUCAAUCUCUGCGAGUCUUUAUGCGACCCAAAAACCGACUAUCGGGGCUAUAUCAACAUCCCCGACGAAGAGAAACGGUAUCACGUCUUCUCAGUUGCCCACCACAAUACCAUGCCAGGAUCGGUGACUCUAUCACAGAUCUUGAAUGGAGAAGUUAGACUGUCAUUCACCCGGAAAGCGAGUUACACGAUAGCGUUCAUCAUAGCCUCUUCCUUCCUGCAAUUACUCGACUCGCCAUGGCUUCCCAGCACCGCUAGCUCUCGAGCGUUUGACAAGCUAUCUAUUGUCUUCCUGGCCGAUCCCUCCAAUCCAAAUAUCUACCUCCUCAACCGACCUCAGAUAUCCCGCAUGCUCAAAGAGCUUGCUUCCAAUGACGACAGCAGCAGUGUGCAGUCGAGGGUUGCACCGCAGCGAUCAGCUGACUUCAGUGCCCCUCUGGCCCGUCUAGGCAUCACCCUCCUUGAGCUCUGCUUCCGCUCGCCGCUGGAGAGGCAGCAUUGCAGGAUGGGUUGGCCGCCUGGCUCGAACGACAGGGAAAGGGAAGGGUUCGACAUCUUGGCGGCCCGCGACUGGUUAAGCGAAGUUGCCGAGGAGACGGGAUCAGACUAUGCGGCUGCGGUAUCGUGGUGUCUCCUGGGUAAUAAGACCGUGCCAGCGGACAGGUGGCGGGAGGAGAUGUUGAGGGAGGUGGUGAAACCGCUGCAGAGGUGUCUGGAUUCGUUCAAGCUGGCUGAGUGCGUGUAA